AUGAUGGAGCGCUUUCCAGAUCCACAAUCUUUGGUAAAAGAUCUUCAUCAGACUGGUUUCAAAGCAAUCUGGAUGCUUGACCCCGGGAUCAAAUAUGAAGAGGGUUACUUUGUUUAUGAUAGUGGUUCUGAAAGAGACGUCUGGAUUCAAACAGCAGAUGGAAGGCCUUUUGUUGGUAUAUGUCUUUCUUUUGUNCGAAGUGUUACGAUCGAAGACACUCCAAUGCUUAAGUUAGUAAAGAUAAUGAAAUGA